GGCCAGUCUCCUACAGGAUUCAUAUUUGAAUCAGCCUGAGCAAAUUUCAUUAUAAAUCAUCUUUUUUUUAUGCUAUCUGGCCAUGUUGUUGGUUCUGGCUGGUACCUCUUUGGCCUGCAGAGGGUUAAUCAAUGCUUGCGAAAGGCCUGCCAACAUUCUAAUAUUACUGGAUGCUCAGCAUUUAUUGAUUGUGGCAGUGACCGUGCAUCUGACCAGUCAAAACUGUGGAACAAAAAUGUAAAUGCCACUGCUUGUUUGGAUUCCAGUUCCGGUGCUUUUCCAUAUGGGAUCUAUGUACAUGUUGUACCACUUACUAUAGAAACUAGGGUGGUCAAAAAAUAUGUAUUUGCACUGUUUUGGGGCUUCCAGGUUGUUGUAACUUUUCAAAGGUCAUGUUGCAGCAGAUCUCUAACUUUGUGCAGCAUAAUAAUAAGCUCAUGUAUAUUUAAUUAAAAAUUAUAAUAAAGAAAGUGUAAUUAGGAACUAGUUUUAUUAUUAUUAUAUGACAUUUACCUACAGAAGACCGUAGGUACAAGUAAAUUGACUUUUACCUACAGUUAGAGAUUAUAGGUAUAAAUUAAUAUCUUUUACCUA